AUGUUGUGUUAUUCUCAGACUUCAUGGAGGACGCAGCAGACAACUGCAUUGAUCCUGAUUUUAUCAAUAUACACUAUUUCAGCCAUCAUCCCUCGCUUCCUUCCUUGCGAUGACUACAAAAAUGGUUCUGUGGUUAUAUGCUCUCAACGAAAUCUCACACAUGUCCCCCACAUACAUUCAAUGAAUGUCACUGAACUCAAUUUGUCCAAAAAUGAAAUAACACUUCUCGCCAACCACACGUUUUCAGGACUCCCUAAUCUGAAGGUCCUUAAUGUUAGUGGGAACUGCCUACCACAAAAUUUGAGGCCAGACAAAAAGGAAUGUACGCUAACCAUUGAAGUGGAUUCUCUGGUCAACUUAAAGUAUUUACAGAUUUUAGACCUUAAUGGAAAUAGUUUGACCUCCAUCCCACCACUUCCUAAAAAUAUUAAGAGAUUAUAUCUCAAUUGGAAUCGCAUUCUGUUUGUUUCUGAAUGGGACUUCUAUGGACUCCACAAUUUUAACAUCUUGGAAAUUGGUUGGAACUGCUACUACCGCAAUGAAUGUGGUAGACAGUUGCGUUUUGCAGAUAAUGCUUUUAAAGACACCCCAUCCCUUUAUACACUCGUUUUAUCUCAAAAUAACAUCAGUUCUUUCCCACAUAAUCUUCCAUCUUCUCUUGUUAAAUUGGACUUGUCAGAAAAUAAGAUGUGGAAGAUAGACCGUGAAGAUUUGUGUAACCUGACCAACCUUCAAAUUCUAAACGUGCAGUGGAACUGCCAACGGUGUGACCAUGCAGCACAGCGAUGCUUCCCCUGUUCAAAUAAUAGUGCCCUACAGUUAGGCCCUGGAGUUUUUGACAGCCUGCACAACCUUGAAAAAUUAUAUCUCAGGGGAAACUCAUUGCACACCCUAAAUGACUCCUUAUUUGAUAAUUUAAGCAAUUUAACAAAUUUGUAUCUGUCUGACAAUUACUUAAACCUUGAGAAUGAAACAUUUUUUUCAAAGCUUACAAACCUGAACAACUUGUAUUUAGAUUUCAACUACAGACUUCCAGUAAUGUAUGAAAGGUUGAAUCUCAAUCCUAGUGUGGCCAAAAUGAAAUCUCUAAGAAAAAUUUCGAUAUCUGGCUACUUUUUCAAUGUCCUUGAUGAGAAAGGCAUCAGACCUUUGCUUAGCCUCCCCAACUUAGAAACAGUUAUCUUCAGAGCUAACUUUAUACUCAAGGUAAACCUCAGUAUGUUUUUUUCACAUAAAAACUUACAAUCUGUUAGCCUUGCAGAAAACCUAGUAUCUUUUCAAGACAUCUGUGGUGCAGAAGAGGAAAAGACAAGAUUAACUGUACCCAUAUUAUAUAGAGAAGACAAAAUGGUUCCAGAAUGGGUGAACUUUCAAGGCAUUGAAAACAAUAAUGACCAGGGGAGUAAAUAUGCCGAGUAUGAAGAUUGCUUGAUGUAUAACAAGUCUGUAGAUCUGUCAUUUAACAACAUAGGGAGUCUUCACCCAGAUGACUUUAUUGGCAUGGAAGAUAUUGAAUGCCUGAAUAUGAGCUACAACUAUAUCAACCAACGAUUGAAUGGCUCUCAGUUUGGGCACCUAAACUCACUACGGCAUCUAGAUCUCUCCAACAACAGAUUUGACCUUUACUAUAAGGCUGCUUUUUCUGAUCUCUCCAAACUUAAGGUGCUAAAUUUGGCUCACAAUGAAUAUCAAUUUUUAAUGAGAGGUGUUAACCACAGGCUUGACUUUCUUGAACAACUCACCUCAUUGACAGACCUAAACCUUAAUAAUAACCAAAUAGGUUUACGAAUAACAGCAGAACUAAAGAACCCUUCCUUGAAAAGGCUAUUGUUUAAAAACAAUAAACUAGGUAGCUUGUGGAAGUAUGGAGAAGAAACUUAUUUUAAUAUUUUUACCAACCUUAAAAAACUUCAAGUAUUGGAUAUUAGUUUUAACCAGUUAUUGGUUAUUCCACAUACGGUCUUAGAAAAUUUACCAGAGUCAUUACAAAAUCUUACUGUUUCAAAUAAUCUUUUAUAUUCUUUUCAUUGGGAUAAUAUAGCUCAUCUCAAAAAUCUAAUUCACUUGGAUCUAAGUUUUAAUUGUUUACCAUCUCCAACAUCAAACAUAACAUCCAUUGAGAGUAAAGUUGUUUACCUGAACUUAAAAUCAAACCAAAUUUCAAAUUUAAAUAAAUACUUCUUUCUCUCAUACACUAAGCUGAGAUAUCUUAUCCUGAGUAAAAACAGAAUAAAAAAGAUAGAUGAAAACAGCUUCCCAAAGCCACUUUUCAGUAGCCUUGUAUCUCUGGAUGUAAGUGAAAAUCCCUUCCAAUGCAAUUGUACUGCCUAUUGGUUCAUAGAAUUUUUGAAGAGGACAAAUGUAACUGUUAAAAACCUUUCAACCAAAAUGGUGUGUGAUUCACCAGACAUUUUGAGAGGUAAAUCUCUCUUGAAAAUGAAUCCACAGUCUUGUCAAGAUUUUUAUGGCAAUUAUUGUUUCAUAUGCACAAGUCUUCUAAUAACCAUGUGGAUGUUAAUAACUAUAAUGUGGAACCUUUUUUUGUGGGAUCUCUGGUAUACAGGACAAGUACUCAUGGCAUCCAUACUAAGCUAUACCAAGCUCCCUGGUAACUCCAAGCAUGAGUUUGAUGCCUUUAUAGUGUUUAACACUAAAGAUAGUGCAGUGACAGAUUGGGUCUACCAUGAAUUGGUAAAACAGCUUGAAGGGCCUGAAAUUGGUUCAUUUAAUUUGUGUCUGGAAGAAAGGGACUGGAUUGCAGGAAAGUCCACCAUUGAAAAUCUAUAUGAAGCCAUCUACAAAAGUAAGAAAACAGUCUUCAUCCUCAAUAGGGAAUGGUUGAAUUGUGGAAUUCUGCGUCAUGCAAUCUUCAUGUCCCAUCAAAGACUUCUGGAUGAGAAGAAGGAUGUGGUGGUAUUGGUUAUCCUUGACCAGAAGAUGAAGAUGUCUAGGUACCUACUUACCAGGAAAAGGAUGUGUCCUAAAAGCUUUCUUAGUUGGCCAGGCAACCCAAAAGCACAUAAUCAUUUCUGGCACAAUCUACGCGUGCUUCUAAGAAAAGAUAAUCCAGCAACCUUUGAUCCUCAUCUACAAAAACAUAUUUAUGAAUAA